AUGAAACAAGAUUUCUAUGCAGCAGUGAAUCACUUCUUUCUCACACGGAUAUUGAUGAAGGCGUGGAACUGCAUUGCUAUCACAUUGGUCCCUAAUGUCUCUGCACCAUCUCAGGUUAAGAGAGGGAUUAGGCAAAGGGAUCCAGUGUCCCCCUACCUCUUUGUUAUUGCAAUAGAGCAUUUGCAAAGGGAGAUGAACCAGUUGCCUAGGCUUAAGGAGUUCAAAUACCAUCCAAGAUGCAAAAGGAUUAGGGUGACACAUAUCUAUUUUGCUGAUGAUUUGCUUAUAUUUUACAGGGCCGAUAUAAACUCCAUCACUGUACUUAGGGAAACCUUUCAAAGGUUUUCUGCUACUUCUGGUUUGCAGACAAAUGCUGAAAAAAGUUCUAUGUAUGUUGUUGGGGUGCAUAAUGAUCUCAAGGAGGACCUGAUUAACUUAUUAGGAUAUGCAGAGGGCUCACUACUAUUCAAAUACCUGGGAGUACCUCUGUCUACUAAGAAGUUAAACAUAUAG